AAUUUUUCAAAGUGGAUAAAUUAGUAAUAAGAACGUCUAUCCUUGUUCUUCUUGAAAAGGAAUAUCCAGACUACGUAUAUACUGAAGAUCAGUUGGAAACUUGGAUUAAGGAUAAUUUAAGACUAAGUGGUACUACUGAUAAAAAGCGUACUGUUGGAUUAAGACAAUACUUAGAGGAGAAAUUGGAAGAAUCAUCGAGUGAAGAAAGUGAAAGAGGUAUACUUGCUCGAAGUACACGUUGGAUUGGAAGUGUAGUGAAUAAUCUAACGCAACCUAGAAUAGAAUUAGAAUCUACAACGGAAUCUAGUUUCGAACUGUCACAGGAUCAAAUAUUAUCUGUUUUAGAAGAUAUGGAAGGAACCAGAAUGCAGAACUACAUGUGGUCUCAGGUUCAAAGUUUCAAAAGUGGAAAUGCUAAGGAUAUUGGUCCUCACAUCGACCAAAUAGAAAGAUGUUUUGUUUUUGAUAAGAUUGAUAAAGAUGAUCUUAAAAUUGUAGCUUUGAGAUUAAAAGUUGACAAUAAAAUAAAUUGUUAUAUCGAUUCUCUUGAUAAUGAUAUUAUUAAAGAUUACGAUAAAUUGACUAAAGAUCUUAGAAGAAAAUUUUCAGGCACAGUUGGGAAAUGGCCCGCUUUGCAUAAAUGGAGAACUUUUUUUUUGGAUACUAGUAGUAUAGAAAAGUUACGUUCAAGUUUUAGCGAAUUUGAAAACAUAAUGGACUCUAUUGAUAGGAAAAUGAUGAUAGAAGAUAGGCUUAUUAGAUUAGCCGACAAGAUAAGAGAAGAAUAUUUGUUUGUUCAUUUGAGAAACAACAUAGAGAGUUACAACUGCAUGGAUGAUUGCAGAAUGGACUUAGAAGCAGUCGUGUUGGAACAUGGAACAAAAACUAUGAGGAGAAAUCCAAAUAUGAACAAUAGAAGAAUUUUCCAAGAAAGAAAAUUUGAAGGAAACUGUAAUCACUGUCAAAUUCAAGGACACAAGAUGGUAGACUGUGAAAUAAGAAAAUCUGGUUCACCAGCAGGGAACUAUGUUAAAAGAGAUAGAUUUAAAGGAAAUAGUAACCAUGGAGGUUUUAAACAAAAUCAAACCAAUUCUACUGAUGUUCUGGAAGGAGCAGGAAAAUUGAUAGUAAUAUAUACGGAAAUUAAAGAAUUUAGUAUACUAACCCUCGCAGAUGCUGGUAGUAGUACUAAUAUUAUGAGAAAAUCUACAUUAAUUAAAGUAGGAUUAGAAGAUCAAAUGAAACCAUGUAAUACUGGAUUAAAAGGAGCUUUUGGAAAAGAAGUCGUUGCCAUUGGGAAAGUAGAUGUACCAUUCAAGUUAAACGGUUCAAACCUUAGGGAUGAAUUCUUGAUUAUAGAUGACAAAGAUUUUGGAAACCCAGACGUUGAAAUUUUAAUUGGUAUAGACAUUUGGAGACGUGUAGGAUUCUCCGAAAUCGAGAAACUGGAUAAGCAAUAUCGUAAAUUGAAAAUUGCCGGUACCCCUCAAACGUGUAAUAUACAAGUAGUAAAAACGGGUUUAUCGAAUGAUCAAGCAUACAAGAGAAUAAAAGAAAUUUGUCCAGAAGUUAUUGAAAUUUUUUCUAAAGAUGAAAACGAUAUCGGAUGUUAUUAUAAAGAAAUAGAACCACAAACUUACCUUAAUGAGAUGGCUAUGCCAUUCAAACCUUAUAGAUAUCCACAGAGAAUGAAGGAUGUAGCAAGAGAAAUGAUUGAUAAGUUGGUAGAAAAGAAAAUAAUAGUUAGAGGUUAUACUGAACAUCUACACAACAUAUUAAUAGUUAAGAAACCAAACUCUGGUUUCAGAGCAGUUACUGAUUUACGGUCAGUAAACAAAAAUGUAGUGAAGACAAACUAUCCAGCACCAAAUAUUGAAAUUGCAUUAAAUUCUAUUGCAGGUGCAGAUUUUUAUUGUACACUGGACUUACCAGAAGCUUUUCAUCAAUUUCCAUUAAGUGUUAGUGAUCAUGGAAAAUUCGGAAUUUAUUUUGAAGGAGAAGUAUAUUAUUAUGUGCGCAUGCCAAUGGGUUUUAUUAACGCACCAAUGGAGUUACAAAAAGAAAUGAAUUCAAUUACAGAAGAAUGUCCAAAUUUGAAGUUUUUCUUUGAUGACGGACUAAUAACUACAAAAGGAUCUAUGGAAACUCACAUGGAAAACAUAAUAAGAGCACUCAAUUGUCUAAGACAGAGAGGGCUUAAAAUAUCAUUAAAAAAAUCAGUAUUAGUUGCUGAAGAGGUUAGAUAUUUAGGACAUUUACUAAGUAAAAAUGGAAUAGCUAUAAAUGAAUCUUCAAAAGAAUCAAUAUUAAAAAUCGCUAUACCUAAAAACCAGGAGGAUAUAAGAAAAUUCCUCGGAAGUAUAGGUUUUUUUCAAAGAUUUAUACCAGAUUACUCUCAGACAUUAUGCUGCAUAACUAAUUUGUUGGGAAAAAACAAAGUCUUCAAUUGGGGACAAGAAUGUACUGAUGCUUUUAAUAAAAUCAAGUCAGAUUUGAUAGAACAUAGUCAAUUAGCGGUAGAAGAUUUAUCCAAACCACUAAUCAUCUAUUCCGACGCGUCCUUAAUAGGAUAUGGAGGUGUUAUCUGUCAGAAACAAGAUAAUGGGGAGAUUAAACCAUUAACUUAUUAUUCUAGGAAAAGAAAAAUGACUAAGAAUAAAGAUUCAUGCUAUUUGGAAGGAAUGUGUAUCCUAUUGAUGUCAAGAAAAUAUAGACAUAAAUUGAUAGGAAGUAGAAUAUUUUGGUAUUCAGACAAUUUGCCAUUGAUAUAUAUGUUUCAAAGAGGCACUGAUCAUCCAAAAUUCGCAUCUUGGUGUUUAGAAUUGUCAUGUUAUGACAUAACCUUUCGUCAUAUUGAAGGUAAACUAAAUACAUUUGCAGAUUUUUUAAGUAGAUAUACUGAAUUGGAGAUGGAAAAAGAGGAAGAGGAGGAGGCUAGUGAGCCAAAAUGCUUUGUUAAUAAUAUUACAACAACAUAUGAUAUUGUUAAAUUACAGAAUGAAGAUGAAGACAUACAAAAGAUAAAUGAUCUUGAAAUAAUGUCAGGUGUAAAAGGGAGAUUCGAACAAGUGUGUGGAAGGAUCGUUUUUAAGCCUUAUAUACCAGAUGGGGAAAUGAGAGAAAUUAUAAAAAGAUAUCAUGAGUAUGGUCAUUUCAAUGUAAAGAAAUUAUAUCAUACAAUUAAGUUAAGAUAUGUCAAUGAUAAUUUACAGAAGUUAAUAAAAUUAGUAACAGAUGAAUGUGUUACUUGUCAAACAAGAAACUUACAUCACAACCGAAUUUAUAUUCAGAAAUCUCUGUGUGUAGAAAAUCCAAGAGAUAGUUAUUCACUAGACAUAUGUGGACCAAUUAACUUGGGAAGUAGAUGGAGAUAUAUAUUAUUGAUGGUGGAUGUAUUCAGUUCUUAUUGGAUUGCAAGACCAUUGAUCCAAACUACAAGUGAGGAGAUAAGAGAGGAGAUGAUGGUAAUAUUCUUAAACAGUGGUUAUCCGAAGCAAGUCCGUAUGGAUAAUGCUAGUUAUCUACGUAGUGAGAAAUUAUCUAAAGCACUUAAGGAGUUAAAUAUUGAAGUAUCUUUUACAACACCGUAUGCUCAUAAAGGAAACACAAAGGUAGAAAGAGGAUUUCAUACAUUGGAGAGCAUGUUGAGUAAAUGCAUGAAGUUAGACAACAAUAACAAAUCAUGGGAGGAAUUUCUUCCUGUCUGCACUUACUAUUAUAACACUGCAGCGAUGGAUGAUUGCGGCACUACACCAUAUGAGUUGUUUUAUGGAACUUCACCAAAUGUUCCAGAAGAAUCACAUUUAAAUGCUAGUCCAGGAUUAGUAGAAAAGGAUAUACAAUUAGCUGAGUGGAAAUACAAAUUGGCAAUUGUAAGAAAUACAGCUGCGGCCUUAAAACUAGAUAGAAAAUUAAGAAAAAUGAAUAAAGUUAAAAAUUGGAUAGAAUUUGAAAUAGGUCAGAAAAUAUUG